AUGACAACAGGUCAACCUUCGUCGUUUUUGGCCUUCUCCGAGGAUACCAUCAGGGAUGCUCAGAAAGUGAAGACGUCCGAGCUCGACGGAGUCCCGAGUGAAAACGAACCCUUCCAUGGUUAUUUUGCCGAGGUCGAUGAGGUCGACCCAGCAGAUGCAAGCUCAAUCUUUGAGGAGGCUCAACGUCUUUGCUUAAUUACUGAAUUGCGCCAUUGUGAAGUUGAAUUGCAUAGGGCUUCAAAUGAAAAGAAAACCCUUAGGCUUCUCCUUGACAAAAAGGAGGAAGAACUGAAGCAUCUUCGAUCGGAGUUGACCAAAGCUCGUGAAUACGAGAGUGAAUUAGAAAAGCAGGUAACCUCUAUUAUGAAAAAAUAUGGUCUACCUCUCCCAUCUUCGGAGGCUAAUACUUCAAUGUCUCAGCCGCAGCAAAAGCUAGAUAUGAUUGGGCAGCUCCGGGGCGAAGUCGACCAAGUCCGAGCCGAGUGCAAUGAAUGGAAAGUGAAGAUGGACGCCCUCAUUGUGGCUAAAAAUGAUGCACUAGCAAAGUUAUUAGCCCUCGAGGUUCAACUUCGGAAUGCUCAAGGGAGCAACUUGGUUCAAGUUGGCAGAAUAGCCAAGCUCGAGGCUAGUCUUGUGAAGGCCAAGGCCGAAGUUGUGGAAGCCAGGGCCGAGGCCAGCGUAAUACAAGGCAAGGCCGAUAGGACGGUGGCCAUCUAUUUGAAGGAUGCUACCGAUGCUCAGAUGGAGUUGAGGGAGGCUUCUGAUCAAGAGAAAAGAAGCAAUGAUUAUGAGAUAAAGCAAGCUAAGCUAGAGGAGGCUGAUGCCAAAUUUGUCCUUUCCUCCGACGGUGAUGAUGACGUCGAAGAUGAUGAAGAGGAGGGGGCUGCUGAAGAAGUUACCCCCGGGGAAGAGGCUGGCCCAAGGGAAGCGACAGGUCCGGGGGAGAUUGCCCCUCUGGAGUAG